AUGGAUGAUGUUUGUUUGCCUAGAGCUUUUCAAGUCGAAGAAAUUACUGAAAAUUUUGAUCCCUCAAUAUUACCCACAAAUGGUCUCGAGUAUUUGCAACAUGUUAUGUACGAAGCUGCAAAUUGUCCAGAAGUAGUCGUUGCAAAAAACAUAGACAGAAAGAGAUUAAAUAAUAAAUUCAAUGUUAAAAAUUUAAAUUGUCCAAUUGUAAGAAGAGAACUGAUACCUUCACAAGAAUGGCAGAAUCGACAAAUUGCAUUAUUUUCAGAUCUUAGAAAAAAAGUUAAUCGGUGUAAAAAAUCUGAAAAAUUUAUUCCCAUACCAUUGCCGAAUAUAAAUUUGGAAGAAAAAUGGCAUCAAAUAUGUUAUGGAGAUGACUCGACAAAAUUAGAACCAUUGUUAACAAUGUUAUUGUCAAUGAGCGAACCCUUGUUAGCGAGAAUGUUAGAAUAUCAAGAAGAUUGGUUGGAUGAUGAAUUAAAACCUAAUCAAGGGAAAUGGAUUUAUUCUCUUUUAGCAUGUUUAGAUUUACCAUUGACAGCUGAAACAUGUAGUACUAUUAGAGAAAUUGCUAAAAAAUGUGUUAAAAUUAGAUUAACAAAGUCGAAUAAUGAUCCAGAUGUAACAAUUCUAGAUAUAAUUUUUUGUUUGGUUUGUAAUUAUUUCGGCCAAUCAGAUUUAUACGAUUCAUAUUAUUAUCAGCUGUAA